AUCACAUUUGCUUCAAAAGCCGGUUGAACAAGUAGAGCAGUCAGGUAUCUGACGCUCGAGACACCGCACGCAGGUGGGGAAAAAAGGGACAGGAAGGAAACUGGGAUACAAUAGCGGCGGCACUUACAACCCGAAACUUUAUCAUUAAGAGUUAUAUUUAUUUUAGACUCAAGGUGUCGAGUUGGCGGUAGUGUGGUGGAGCCGCAGAGCGGACUCCCCUCACCCAGUCCACGGGACCCCCUGCUCAGCCCUGACUCACACAUGGAUGUCCAAGGGUAUAAGUGGGUGCGCUGGCGGGUGUGGUUGUGUCGCCUGGCAGCCUUGCUCACCUUGGGUCUCCUCCUGCUUGUGUUUCACUGGCGCCCGCGGCUUGCUGUCCUCGCCCGCUGCUGCUCCUGCCCUCUGGCUUUGGCAGACAUUCUGCUAAUAAGAGACAGUUUUGGCCAGCAGCAUGUGGUGGAGGUCCUCACAGAGGAGAUGGAGGAGGGCAGUUUGGAGAUGUUGGGUGAGUUUGAGGACAAUGAAUGGAGAGAUACAGUCCAGCUGCACAAGGAGGAGAAAACGUUGCUUCACUACUACCUGUUUGAAGGACUGCGCUACCUCUGGCUGGACAGGAAAGGAGCUUUCUGUCGCGUCAGUGUCCUCAAUGAGGACUGGACCUAUAAGGACCUGUACAGCUUCCAAAAGGGCCUGACUCACCUGGAGCAGAGCUUGAGGAGACGCAUGUACGGGCCCAACCUUAUCGAUGUGCCUGUGAAGCCGUACUUAAAACUGCUGUUUGAGGAGGUCCUCAACCCAUUCUAUGUGUUCCAAGUGUUCAGCGUCACCCUGUGGCUAAUUGAUCAUUAUUAUUUUUACGCCAUAUGUAUAAUUGUUAUCUCCAUAAUCUCCAUCAUUAUCUCACUCUAUGACAUCCGUCAGCAAAGUGUCACUCUGAGCAACAUGGCCCGCUUUAUCACAACUGUUACAAUAAGGAGAGACUCAGGAGUGGAGGAGUGUGUGAGCUCGGAGGAGCUCGUCCCCGGUGACUGUCUCAUCAUCCCUCAGGAAGGACUGCUGCUUCCCUGUGACGCUGCCCUGCUGGAUGGGGAGUGUCUGGUCAACGAAAGCAUGCUCACAGGUGAAAGUGUCCCAGUGCUGAAAACCCCACUGCCGACCGGUGAGGGGAGGUACAGCUCAGAGACGGAGCGCAGACACACUCUGUUCUGUGGGACGCAGCUCAUUCAGGCCAAAGGAGGAGGGCCGGGAGGCAGCGGUGCUGUUGCCGUGGUUACAAGCACCGGGUUUUUCACAGCCAAAGGGAACCUGGUCAGCUCCAUUCUGUAUCCUCAGCCCACCGACUUCCGCUUCUACCGAGACUCUUUCAAGUUCCUGGGCAUCCUGGCGUUUGUUGCUAUUAUUGGCUCCAUAUACAGCUUUGUGGUCCUGUACAAAUCUAAUGCGACCUGGAUGGAGUUGGUGAUCAGGAGCCUGGAUAUCGUGACCAUCGCGGUGCCUCCUGCCCUGCCUGCUGCCAUCACCACCGGCACCAUCUAUGCCCAGAACAGGCUGAAGAAGCAGGGCAUCUUCUGCAUCAGUCCGCCACGCAUCAACAUCUGCGGCAAGGUCUCUCUCUUCUGCUUCGACAAGACAGGAACUCUGACGGAGGACGGUCUGGAUGUGUGGGGAGUGAUGGAGGGGGGACCUUCUGGUUUCUCAGAGCUGGUCCCAGAUCCCAGACUCCUUCCCCCAGGGCCCAUGCUCACAGGCCUGGCCUGCUGCCACACUGUGACGCUGCUGCGAGGAGAGCCCCUUGGAGACCCUCUGGAGCUCAAGAUGGUCGAGUCCACUGGUUGGACACUUGAGGAGCCAGAGGGAGAUGGAAGAGUGCUAGGUGAAGCCUUUGGAGGCCACAGAGUUUUGGCUGUUUUGAAACCUUCCUCUCAAUCCACAAGUGAAGCGGUGGCCAUCGUUCAGAGGUUUCCUUUCUCCUCGGCCCUGCAGAGGAUGAGUGUGGUGACGGUGGCCCGCGGGGGGCGCUCCGCUCUUGCUUUUAUCAAAGGAUCCCCAGAGAUGGUGGCUAGCCUCUGCCGAGCAGAAACUGUGCCAGCUCAGUUCUCCAGCAAACUGCGCAGCUUCUCCAGUGAAGGCCUCAGAGUUCUUGCACUCGCCUGUAAACCAGUAGACGGGAACACUGACUUUAGGACCAUUGAGAGAGCGGAGGUAGAGAAAGACAUGCAGUUCCUGGGUUUGCUGAUGAUGAAGAACCUGGUGAAGCCACAAAGUGCCGAGGUUAUUAACAUCCUGAGGCUGGCACAACUUCGAAGCGUCAUGGUCACUGGAGACAACAUUUUAACUGCAGUCAAUGUAGCAAAAAGCUGCGGGAUGGUAGGAAUAGAUGAGAAGGUGAUAUUCGUCAAUGUGACCCCCCACACUGCCCAGUCCAUGCCCACCAUGAGGUUCAGCUUGGAGGAUGGAGCGGCCCCUGGCCCCCAAAGCUCCGUGGAGGUCAUCACUCAGGGCCUGUACCAGGGUGGUUUUAACUAUCACUUGGCUAUUAGUGGCAAGUCCUUUGCUGCCCUCUGUGAGCACUUCCCUGAUUAUCUGCCAAAGGUUUUGAUGCGAGCCACUGUAUUUGCACGCAUGGCUCCUGACCAGAAAACCCAGCUGAUGAAGGAGCUGCAGAAACUGAACUACCGAGUGGGCAUGUGUGGGGAUGGGGCCAAUGACUGCGGGGCCCUGAGAGCUGCUGACGUCGGGGUUUCACUGUCUGAAGCUGAGGCUUCAGUCGCAUCACCUUUCACUUCCAAGACUGAAAACAUCAGCUGUGUGCCGCUACUUAUCAGAGAGGGCCGAUGUUCUCUGGUCACCUCCUUCAGUCUCUUCAGAUACAUGGCCCUGUACAGCCUUAUUCAGUUCUGCUCUGUCCUCAUCCUCUAUACAAUGAGGACGACCUUGGCUGACCUGCAGUUCCUGUUCUGCGACUUCUUUUUGGUGACCUUACUGGCCAUUGUGAUGGGGAAAGGAGGCCCCAGUAAGGAGCUGCAUCCCGCUAGACCCUCAGCCAGCCUGCUGGCCCUGCCUGUGCUGGGCAGCCUCUUCAUCCACACAUGUCUGAUCAUUCUGGGCCAGGUGGCUGCGCUCUUUAUCACCCGCUCACAGGACUGGUACGUUCCUCUCAAUUCAACAUUGUUUGGCACAGAAAAUCUGCCCAACAUGGAGGACACCAGUGUGUUUGACUUGUCAGGCUUCCAGUACAUCAUCAUUGCUGUGGUGGUCACUAAGGGCUACCCACACAAGAAACCCCUCUACUACAAUGUGAUCUUCCUGUGUCUACUGUUAGUCCUCUUUGCCGUGAUGACUUGGCUGGUGCUGUAUCCGGGGCCUGUCAUUGCUCGGUUACUUCAGCUGUACAAUUUUGCUGAUAUGGAUUUUAAAUUACUGCUCGUCGCUGUGGCCGCUCUCAACUUCCUCAUUUGUUUUAUUGUGGAGGUGCUGAUAGACAAGGGUAUCCUGAACUGUCUUCGGUUGCUACGUGGGAGGCGCGAGUCCAAGAAACAGUACAAACGUCUGAACAUCCUCCUGUGUGAAUCCCCGUCGUGGCCGCCCCUGAAUCAAAGCUUGUCCCCCACAAACAACACAGUCAUCGAGUUCAGCUAGCAUCCGCUCGGCCCUCUGUUGGACACUUUUCAGUCGAUCCGAGCCAAAAAACUGCUGUUGUCACACACAGUAACAUCACUAACUUGAACAAUGCAAAGUCAUUUUUAUGUUUUAAUAAAAAAGGUUUUUAUGUAGAACUUAGAUGUGUGUAUUUUGUGGUCCUGGGGGUGUUAAAGGACCUCUAUGUACUGGUAAGUUUGCAUGUUCUAGCCAAUUCAUGAGUCAGUUGAUUACAGAUACACUUUUAUCUCACAUCCAACCAUGUAUACAGAUUUGUUCAGGUUUUAAGAUUUCUACCUCUACUAAUCUAAUACCAGUAGAGGUGAAUGGGAUUUAAAUUGUAGUGCUCACAGCUUUGAAAAAGGACAGUAAAACAUUUGAAC